GCUCAAGGAAUUGCGAAAAGCAAUAAAUUAUCUUGUCCUUAUGCUGCCAUCUGAAUUAAAAUGGCGUGACCAGCUUGAUAGUAAAUAUUUGAACUCUAAUUACCCUACAUUCAACCUUAUUUAUCCAACAAUGAAGCUUUUUAUCAAAAAGUUUGCACCUUCUAAUAGUCAAGCUGAAGAUGACUAUACCAAUUUAUUGUUUGAACCUAGAAAGCAAAUAAGUGAUCAAAGUCAAUUUAUUGCUGAUAAUAAAAAUUCUUCUGAAUCAGAUAUAGAGUAUAAGUAUAAAGCACCAAAACCACCUGUUACUAGUGUAGAAUUGCAUAAUCUGGUCAAAGCUGUGAGCUACUUUUCUCUCCAGGAGUAUUGGGAAGUUCCUGACGAGAUUGGACUUAUUGUAUCAUUUUUAGAUCUACAAAUAAAAAAUUUGAAGUUUAUUGAUGAUGAGAAAAUAAAGAUAACCACAAUCAAUAUAGUACAAAGGCUUUAUUUAGAGAAAGAAUAUUGCCAACCUUUGAUCAAAAAAAUUUCAAAAGAUGAUAGUUUUGUUGAGUCUUCUAGUAUUUCAGCUUCUAAACCCAUAAUAACUAAUGAUUUAAUGGCAGAUUUAUAUAGUAAUGAAGAAUCAGGUAGUGUAAAUAAAGAGAGUGAGAUUGAUUGUUAUAUUCAAAAGCCUAUUCAAAGAAGAAAGUACGACCUUUUAACAUGGUGGUGA